CUCCCAACAAGAAAAAGCGGCUGCUCUUCCCCUCCUCCGGUGGCUUCCUCUCUUUUCCUGCGAAAUGGAAUCCGACACCGACUCCGAUGCCUCCCACAUCUCCGCCACUCCCCCUCGAAACACCAAUCGUGGCCCCGAUCAUCCCAAGCCUAAGUUUAGGGUUUCUUCUCCUUCCAAGGAGAGAUCUAAAUCCAAAUCCAAGCCGGUCCCCCGAAAUCCUCCCAAAGCCAAACCCAGAUCGAACCCUAAGCCCUCCGAUCCGCCGCCGCCAGUCUUCCCCUUCGCUGAGCUCUGCAACCCCCAUGGCUUGUCCGUCGUCAACCUCCGACGGCCAGCCGAACCCAAUCGCGCCGCCUCCUUUUCUCGGCUCGUGUUGUCUCGGCGGCCUUCCUUCGAUCCAUUCGAGUUCGAGAAUGGUGACCAAAGCAAGCUUUGUGACGAGGUCGUUGGGAGUUCCACCGUUGGAGGGACUGUUCUGAAGGAGCCAGCGAAAUCCAAGCGCUUUCGUCCUAAUGUCGUGGGGUUUGAUGAGCCGGUGCAGCAGCCGAAGCGGCUGGAUUGCGGUAGAGAAGGCAAAACCAGAUGCUGUGAUGAUGUCGUUGGAGGUUCCAUUGGUGGCAUGGUUUCACUGAAGGAGCAAGGGAAAGCCAAACGCAUUCAUCCUAAUUGGGUCGGAAUUAAUGUGCCAGUGGAGUUGCCGAAGCCGCUGAAGUGCAGUAGAGAAGGCAAUUUUGUUCGGUUGAAUAUAAAUGGCCACGGGAGGAGGUUCACUUUCAAGAAUAGAAGAUCUUCCAUCUCCUCACGUGGUCACAAAUGGCGUCGGAAGCUUAUAGCAGGCAAACGUGAGGCUCAGGUAGCGGAUGAUUUUGUUUCGGAUGCUCUGGUUGAGCAGAGGGAGAGCUCGAGUAAUAGUAAUCAAUUAAUUGAAGAGGCAAUGAUGGUUGCUCGAGAGGAUCCAUCGGAUGAAAAUUUGCAAAGAUUGCUGAAGCUAACCCAUGGCUACGGUUCAUUUCGUGAGGGGCAGCUAGAAGCCAUCAAGAGGGUGCUUGCAGGGGAGUCGACGAUGCUGAUGCUGCCAACUGGUGCUGGAAAAUCACUCUGCUAUGAGCUGCCAGCUUUGAUUUUACCUGGAGUGACAUUGGUUGUGAGUCCUCUCAUGGCGUUAAUGGUUGAUCAACUAAGGAAGCUGCCUUCCUCAAUACCUGGUGGUCUUCUUUCCAGCACUCAGACAAAUGAUGAGGCUUCUGAAACCCUAAGAAGGCUUCAUGAAGGAAAUGUCAAGGUACUCUUUGUUUCUCCUGAGAGAUUUCUAAGUGCAGACUUCUUAUCGAUAUUUGGGAAUGAACUGUCUAUAUCACUUCUAGUCAUUGAUGAAGCUCACUGCAUCUCUGAAUGGUCCCAUAAUUUUAGGCCUUCGUAUUUGAGGCUGAGGGCAUCAAUACUUCAAAGAAAACUUGGUGUUCAAUGCAUUCUUGCAAUGACAGCAACUGCAACAACCCAAACUUUUCAUGACAUCAUGUGUGCUUUAGAAAUUCCACAUGCUAAUGUUAUUAAGAUGUGCCAAGUAAGAGAGAACUUACAGCUUUUUGUGACCUUGAGCGAAAAUAGAUUGAAGGGUUUAUUGAUUUUGAUGAAGACUUCUCCUAUGGUUAAUAUGCAUAGUAUCAUUGUGUACUGUAAAUUUCAGACUGAGACUGACAUGGUGAGCAAGUUUCUUUGUGAUAAUAAUAUCCCUGCUAAGGCUUACCACAGUGGCAUCCCUGCAAAGAAUAGGGUUCGUACACAGGAACUUUUCUGUUCUAACAAAAUAAGAGUGGUUGUAGCAACUGUGGCAUUUGGCAUGGGACUUGAUAAGAGCGAUGUUCAAGCGGUAAUACACUAUAGCAUGCCUGCAAGUUUAGAGGAAUACAUUCAGGAAACUGGACGUGCUGGAAGGGAUGGGAAACUGUCUUAUUGCCACGUCUUUCUAGAUAUUACUACCUACCACAAGCUUCACAGUUUAUCAUACAGUGAUGGUGUGGAUGAAUAUUCAGUUAGCAAAUUUCUCUCCCAAGUUUUUUCCAGUGAUGUUCACUUAACUGGACAAACUUGCUCCUUGGUUAAAGAGUCUAUGUCCAGGAAAUUUGAUAUGAAAGAAGAGGUACUCUUAACAAUCCUUACACAACUUGAGAUCGGUGAUGAGCAAUACCUUAGCCUACUUCCACCGCUGAAUGUGACUUGUUCAUUGUAUUUUCACAAGACAACCCCAGCGUUGCUCUCGGGCAGGGAUAAUUUAGUGGCAUCAAUACUGAAGAAAUCGGAAAUAAAGGACGGGCACUAUACAUUUGACAUGCCAACAGUAGCCAAUAGUGUUGGAAUUAAAACAGCUAACCUGCUAAAUAAGCUGCAAAACCUAAAGUCUUCGGGGGAAGUUACAUAUGAUUUGAAGGAUCCAGCCUUCUGUUUCACUAUAGUGAAGAAACCAGAUGACUUUUGCUCCCUAUCAGCGAAUCUAACAAAAAGACUUGCUAAGGUUGAAAGCUGCAAGGUUCAAAAAUUAGACACAAUGUUCAGUGUUGCAUGGUCAGCUGUGAAAGUGUGCAAAGGCACCGAUGGUUGUUCCAAUUCAUUGCACUCAACAUGUAUUCAAAGAAGAAUUUUAGACUACUUCAGCAGGAGGCAUGAUGUAUUAGAUGAUACUAAUAUAUCUUUUAAGACGGCACGAAGCAGUCCAUUUCUACGAGCAGAUAUAAAGGUUUUUCUGCAGAGUAAUUCCUAUACCAACUUUACCCCAAGAGCUGUUGCACGUAUUAUGCAUGGCAUCACAAGCCCAGCUUUUCCUUCUUCAACUUGGUCCAAAAGCCAUUUUUGGGGACGGUAUGUGGAGGUUGAUUUUCCAGUUGUUAUGGAAGCUGCAAAAGUGGAGCUUAUGAACUUCGCGGGCAAAUGUGGCCACUGACUGUGCUCAAACUUCUAUAAUUUGUCUCUCAUCAAGUACUUACCAACUACAUCAAGAUCGAUGCCGAUCAGUGGUUGAUUGGUAUAAUUCUGAUAUGAUCUGAUAUAUCAACACUUGGUACAGGUUAGUACCAUCUGGACGAGAGAAAAAGGUGAGGGAGGAGAGACGGAGAAACUUGAGGAGAACACUGAGGGAGAGAAAGUGGAUGCGGUGGCUUGGGUGGCGAUGUUUAGAGACGGGAGAGAGAGAGGGAGGGAGAUUACUUCAAUUUACAGCAGUGCGUAGCUGCCUGUUGGCUGCUGUGUAAACAGUAGAUCACCGUAGACCCUCUUCAAAAUACAAGUGGUUGGGCUGCCGCAGUGCACGAGUUUAUAUGUUUUGUAAUUAGACAAUUAGAAACUCUCCAAAUUAACUAUGAUGAAAUGUUUUCAGCAUCUGCAGUGGAUCUAUCCACAGCUGUAGGAUGGAAUUAUUGAUUCAUUACAAUAUGUAUUGCUUGGACUGCUGUUGGAUGCCUCUCUUCUUAGUUUAUGCACAGUACUGGU